CAUUUGUUGAUAUCCGGAUUUUCAACACGUGGGGAAAUAUCUUCAAAAUCAAGUAACAGCAUAUAUUUUCAGCCGAUAUGACAAUAUAGUAAUGUAUUUUGUUAUAUAUUGACAUUUUUAUUACAUUUACAGUACAAAAGUGGCACAUAAGCUGAGGCUAACUUGAUUUGUAAACUGUAUUACAAUCUCCAUCCAUGGGCAUGGGAAAGAAAAACAAGAAAAGGGUUGUUGAAUCACUUGAUGACCAAGAUAUUGACGAACCAGACAGUUUUCACAGUCAGGACAACAUGACCAAAUCAGGAAAAAAGUUGAAACUAGAUAAAAUUGCUGAGUCAGCAAUUAAUCAAGAGUCUGUGUCUCAUUCAAGUAAUAAGAACAAUAUUUUAAAGAAGGAUAAAGACAAAAUUUCUGCUAAACAAAAUUUUUUAUCAGGCAAUGUUUCUAUGGUAACAGUGUCGGAAAAAAGCAGUACAAACAUUCAUCGCAAGAAAUCGAAACAUAAAGCUGACACUGAAUAUUCGGAAAAUGAAGGCCAUACAAAAUUAAAACAGAAAGAUGUGAAUAAUUUCGGCACUGUGACAGACAUGACAGAAGUGGCAGCCAAGAAGGAAAAUAAAGGAGGAUUAGGAAUGAAUAUUGCUGUUAUCACCACACAAGACGAUUACGAUUUUAUUAAAUAUCAUUUAGAUAUGGUUCCUCCACAUAUUCUAAUGGAUAAAAGUCAGGUGAUUGAAGAUGAUUCAGAUGAAGAGGAGAUGUACUUAUCAAAAGGGAAACCUCUAGGCAAAAAGUUUGGGAACAGAGGUAGUUUUUCAAAUAAAACAGCACCAAAAAUGCAAGAUGACAAUGAUAACUCUACAGGGACAUACAGCAAAAUUAAAGAAAAGAUGAAGCAUAAGAAACACAAAAAGAACAAAAAAGAAUCAACAGAUACAGAAGCUGGAAAUGAGAGGUCACAGAUGCUUCAAGAAAAAUUAUUCGCAAGGAUUGAAGAGCUGAAAGGUAAAAGAAAUCUUACUACAGAUGAAUUCUUAGAGAAAAAAAGAUUAAGAAGGAAAGAAAGCAAGCUGAAAAAGAAAAUGACAAAAAAGGAAGAAAAAAAUAAAGGUAAUUUGACGAAACCAGAUAUUAAUGGAGACAUUCCUGUCAAGAAACCAGCUGUUACACCUGUAAAGGAUAAAACUGGAAAAAUGGUAUUCAGUAAAUUUGACUUUGUUGACUCUGGGGAUAAAGAGGCCCCACAGAAUAACUUAAAAGGGAAGGAUUUUAAGAGACUUUUAGAGAAAGUAGAGAAGAAAAAGCAGAAAAUAGAAAAACUAAAAGAAACAAAUCCUGAGGCUGCCAAAGCUGUUGCAAGUAAGGAGUCUUGGAAAAAAGUUAUGGCUAAAGCUGAGGGUGAAAAGAUAAAAGACGAUCCAAAUUUGUUAAAGAAAAGUUUGAAAAAGAAGGAGAAAUUUAAAGAAAAACGGAAGAAACAGUGGGAUGAAAGAACAUCUCAGACUGAACAUCGAAUGAAAGCUCAGCAAGAUAAAAGAAAGAAGAAUAUAGAUUCUAGAAAACAAGCUAAAAUAGACAAAAAGAUUAAACGAUCCAAAAAGAAAGGGCGGAUGGUGCCAGGAUUUUAAUAUAUCAAUAAAAAUAUGUAUAAAAA